AUGGCGCUGCGCAGGGCGCUCGGCACGGCGUCGCAACUGCCUGCGCACAAGCUGCACACGUCGUGCGGCGCGCGCAUGCCCUGGCGCCCGGAGGAGGAGAUCUACAACAGGCAGAGGACGCAGAUGGUGAUCGGGGACCGCUGGCCCGUGGUCGACGCGGACGCGUGGCUGGCGCCAAACGCUGUCGUGGUGGGCGACGUGGACGUCCACAGCGGGUGCUCCAUCUGGCACGGCGCGGUCAUCCGCGGGGACCUCUCCUCGGUCAAGCUCGGCGCCAACACCGUCGUCGGCGAGAACACGGUCAUCCACGCGGCCCGCAGCGUGCCCACCGGCCUGUCGCCCGCCACCGCCAUCUACGGCAGCACGAUCAUCGGCCGCCGCUGCGUCCUGCGCUCCGUGCGCACCCGCGGCCGCGCCGUCUACAUCGGCGACCGCAGCAUCCUCAUGGAGGGCUGCAUCCUCGAAGGCAACAACAUCCUCGCUCCCGGGACGGUGGUGCCCCCGGGGCGGCUGAUCCCGGAGGGCGAGGUGUGGGCGGGGAAUCCGGCGCGGUUCGUGCGGAAGAUCCGCGUGGAGGAGAUCAAGGCGAUCACGCGGCUGGCGAAGGACGGGGAGCGGGAGCUCGCGCGCGGCGUGGAGGAGGAGUUUCUGCCACACUCCCCCGCCUACAUCGAGGCCGAGAAGCUCAAGGGGCGGCUGCACACGUCGGGCGUGCGCGACAUGACGCCGCACUGCACGCCGCCGAGCCCGUGGUACCCGUUCGUGGAUGGGAAGGGCUCGCCAGACUACUAG